GUAAACAAAAAAAUAAAACAACGAAACCGAAGCAUCACAUUUGAUCUGGCAACGUUAUCCUUUACACUCGAGACUAAUAAUAACAUAUAAUACUGUUAUGAUUCUCGUCAGUCGUUGUUUAGCUCCCUGCCUUAGAUAACGUUAACGUAGCAGGCUAAUGCUCCCUAAUAACGUUAACCGGACGUGUUGGGUAAAUCACUAGCUUCAUAGUUUGAUAGUAGCUGUCUUGUGAGGAAGUUUAUCUUCAAGCUUCUGGACCAAAUCUCAACUUGUUUCAUUUUGGGACGCCUAACAACCGGACAGACAGCUGGAGAAGGAGGCCAACAACACUACACAUGUCUGGUGACGCUGCGUGUGGAGGGAUGUCUUCACCAGUUUACUUUAACCAAGACAGUGUUAUCCGCUUUAAGAAGAGAAAAGCUCGUUUCACCUUCAGUGAAGUCCACAUACUGUUGGAUGAAGUAAGGAAGCAUCGGAUGGUCGUUGUAGGCAAAUUCAAUCGAGGCGUGCCAACAGACAUGAAGAAACGCACGUGGGCAGAGAUUACUGCGCGUGUCAACGAAAUCGGGGAGUGCCAACGUGAAAUCAUUGAGGUCAUCAAGAAAUGGUCCGACCUGAAGUGUGACACCAAGCGCAAAGUGGCUGCCAUGCGAUCUGGGUCAGUGCCCAACCGGGGACUCAACUCACGUCUUUCCCGAGACCUCAAUCAGACAGAGAAAAUUGUGCUCCAGAUCCUGGAGAUGGACGACGAUCAAAGCACAGGUGAUUUCGGGCCACUGGGAGAUGACGACGAUGUGCCAGAGGAAGAAGAAGAAAUGGAAGAGGAGGAUAUGAUAGGCAUGAGUUCUCCUAACGGGGCCUUGGACAUGAUGUCUAUGCCUCCACCGUCAUCUUACACCGCUAGUGGACUUACACAGUCAGGGGACUCAUCACAACCUGCCUAUGAUUUGCAAUGUGAAGCACCUCCAACAGAAGAUACUGAACUUGCAUUUGGAGAUUCGGACGAUGACCAAAGGGAUGACUUGCUUCAUACAGCAAAGCCAACAGAGGAUCAUCAAGGUAACAAUGGCGUCCAGAAACAAGGACGACCUGCAGCUGCUUCCGGGCCUCCGAUGUCAACGGCUGCUCUUCCACUGCCAGGGCAGGCCUCACAGAGCACUAAGGACAGCAUGCUGCAUAAUGCAUCCCUGAGCCUUCAAGAGCAGCACGCCACCAACAUCCUGCUGGAGACGGUUUCACGGUCCCUGGAGCUGCUGUCUGAGUCUGUGCAGCAGCUGGUAGAGACUCAGCAGGAGUUUGUUCGCGAAUCGUUGCAGCUCCAACGGGAGACGGUGCAGGUGCUCAGAGACUUCACAGGUGGAGCCAUCGCAAUCAUGCAUGAUAAAUUAAAUGGACGGCCAGCGUUAUAACAGCAAAGCUUCCAACAGUGUUGUCCGCUUGUAUCAGUGACUUCAGGCACAGGAUCUUCUAGGCUCCUCUGGACUUCACUGCUGGUUACUGUGCUUUUUAUUGGUACUCAACUUUUGUUUUAAGACUGUAUUGGUAGAAACAUUGCAUUUAACAAAUUGAUGUCUGUGUGGUUAGAUGAAAAUGGACUAAGAUAAAUUAAUGUUAGAGAUAAAGAAAGAACACAACUUUUUUUGCUACUGAAAGCGAGACAACUGUCUUAUGAGUUGGAAAAUGUUUAUAAUUAAACAGACUCGACAUUCUUUUAAUGCUGACACACAAAGAAUGAAGAGUUUUUAAGUUAAAACUGUCAAAUUCAUUUUUGUUUUUGUAUACGUUGCAGUUUUUCCUUACGUCAUGUCUGGAGAUUAUCACAUGUACUGUAAAGGUAAGUGAAUUUCUGCAUCUGACCAUUAUAUGGUCCAUAUGUGUGAGAGCCAAACAGCGUUUCUUAGAUACUUUUAAAAUAUGUGUUAUUGAAUUAUUUUAAUGUCUGAUUCAUGUUUUUACAUUUCAAACAUAAAUGCUUGAAUCUGGAAUAAACCCUCAUGUAUUUAAAGAAAGCAGGAGUAUUUCCUCAGUCUGAAAAAGGCAGUAGUUGAAGAUGUUACUGUGAUUUUAUUAUUGUAAUACCCAAUAGCUACUGUGUAAAACCCUGGAUUUAAUGGAGGCAAAGUAUGUUUUGACUUUACACUGGAUUUAAAACUGUGCUUUGAUUGAAACAACAUCUGACUUUACUUAAGGCAUUACACUGUGUGACUUUGGAUUGUUUGCUGGAAAAGUAAAUGAAUACAGUAUGUACAGUAUGAAUGCAAAUCUGACCUGCUUCAUAGACUAAUCUGAAUAAUUUCUAAAUUGACCUUACAGACCUCUAAAUGUGUAAAACAUUAUUGGCAUUGUUAACAUGUCACUGCAAAUGUGCCCAACCUGAACUGUGUUCAAGAGGUAGAAAUAUUGAAUAAGUAUGUUUGUAAUUUGUAAGGGGAAAAAACCCAUGUUUGUUUGAAGAUGGAGCACCUUUUAUUUAAAAUGUGCAUUUGUGUUCAAACCCAUGUUUUUUGUGGGUAAUGUAGUUUGAUCACCCCUUUUCUCCUGCUGCACUAAGCCAUAACCUAAUGCAUCCUCAUAAAAGACAGUAGUUUACCGUAGGUGUUUUUGGCAACGUGUUGUAUUAAAAUACAGCUUCUAUGAUAUACAACUUGACACUACACACAGUUAAUCAGAAUCUCUAAGUUUUGCAGGUACUAAGAAUUUGCAGCAGGGGUCUCUGCUCUGCCACCCUGUGCUGCACGUUUUUUUAAAGAGAACAAUGUAAUGUGUAGUAAUGUACACUUGAUCAUUAUGUUCACAGAUUUCUCAUGCUCCCUUGUUUAAACAAGGAUUCAUAGAAGUAAAACACCACCAAAAUGUUUGGACUAAAUCUCUACUAUAGGGAGAAUGUUUAAGGAAUUUAAAAUGACAUUUUAUGACAAUGAGACAUUAUAUUAUAUUUUCACUGCUGUCUGAUAUCAGAGAUCUUUGUAUAUACUGAUAGGAGACGUUUAAGAUCCAAUUUGCAGUCUAAUUUUAAUAAUACUGGAAGAUGUCACACACUGCUUAGGUGACAUAUAUGAUAAUUUAUUGGGACUCAGAAAGUGUGUUUACUUUACACCUUG